AUGGCGUCUCGUCGUCUACUCUUCACCAGACCGUCCACCGCGUACCGAGACGAAGACCAUGAAUUUGACAACUACCAGGAUCUAGCCUCCUCUCAGCCAGUACCUUUGUUUCAGCUCUGCACCAAGACAGGCUCGAAAAGAGGCGCCAAAACCCGAAAGCUUCUAUCAGAAAUGUCGUCAAGCAGCGAACCGAAAGAACCACGUCCCAUGAGCCAACAAAAGGCCUUAUCUCAUCUCUCAGCCAUGCACCGUGCAAAUCAAGCAGACCGUCAUUUGAGCAUCCCCGCAGAGUCCUUCACGCCUUCGCGUCUUGAAUCGCACGGAUGGGAGAGCAGCGAUGAUGGCCACUUUCAACGUAAUCCUUUGAGUUAUACCAGAUCCUAUGAGUCCUCCUACUCGCUGGGUACUCCUCUUCGUGAAUCUGUCUCCGAGCAUACCUCCUUGGACCUCUAUGGAGCAAACUUUGAUCGAACCUAUAGCCAGUCCCCAUACGAGUCCCUGCGAGUCCAAUCCCGUCUUAAGCGUCCUGAAACCCGGAUUACAUCUGGCCUGGAGAUCUCGGGUCCUGGGGCUCAGUAUUCAGUUACUCAUUUGGAGCGCGGGAGUACUCUUGAGCUGGAAAGGGAGGAGAAACAGCGCAGGUUCAAAGAAGAGGUCACCGCGCUGCUCAAGAACGUUGCGCAAAAGCCUGAAAGCCCCAAACUCGACAAUGAGCAGUUUCUGGUCCAUGAAAACGCUGGGGAGACCAAACCAGUCAAGACUCAUGCGCCACAGGAGAGUCAGGUAUCCGAGACCAAGUCUACCAGUACAGACAAUGUGUCUCACCUUGACAAUGACUCCACCGCUCAGGACAGCAUGUUGAGAACUCCUCCCGGACUCACCAGACCCGUUAGAGAAGCAGAAGCGUGGUUCCACAAGGAUGGUCGAGGACACAAAAAACUCCGCCAGCAAGUGAAGGGAAUCGCAGAGAACUGUGCUAGUGAGAACGAGAAACAGACGACACAGCUACUAGGUGAUGUAAUCAUCAAUCUCUAUUCCUACGUCGCCAAGGAUCGAAAGAAGCAGGCUGGCAACUUUGCUGACUGGGGAAACGUGGAUCCUUAUUACUGUUCACCCAGCCAGGACGGCAACCACAGCUACUUUGACUACUGA